UCCGCCUUGUUCACAACAUCUCUUGCAACAAUGCAACCUCGGCAGUUGACAAUUCCGGUGGCUGCGGUGGCGCUCUUUGCAGCACUAGCGUCCGGAUAUGCAAAUCCGGAGGCCUGCUCUGGAGCAUGUGUUGUCUAUGACCCGACAAUCAUUCAACGAUCAUCGGACAGUAAAUACUUUCGUUUUUCCACUGGCAAUGAAAUUUCCUACGCGAGCGCAUCCAGUCUUUCAGGGCCAUGGACGACUAUCGGGUCUAUGCUGCCAGAUGGAUCAAGUAUCGAUCUCGAUGGGAACACUGAUCUAUGGGCACCCGAUGCGCAUUACAUUGAUGGUCUCUAUUAUGUCUACUAUGUCGUCUCGACAUUCGGGUCGCAAGCCUCUGCUAUAGGUCUUGCAACCUCCGAGACAAUGGACCUAGAUUCCUGGACAGAUCACGGCUCUAUCAUUGAGUCUUCGUCUUCGGAUGAUUACAACGCAAUUGACCCAAGCUUGAUCGAUGUCGAUGGUACCUAUUACUUGAACUUUGGAUCAUUCUGGGACGACAUCUAUCAGGUGGAGUUAAACUCUGCUGCAACUGCUACUAGUGGAACACCCUUUAACAUUGCCUACUACCCAGAUGGUACCCAUCCAGAGGAGGGUUCCUAUAUGUAUAAGUAUGGAAGUUACUAUUACCUCUUCUAUUCUUGGGGUAUUUGCUGCGACUACAGUGAAGAUCUACCUGCUUCGGGACAGGAGUACCAUAUCAAGGUCUGCCGCUCGACCUCUGCAACGGGUAGUUUUGUCGAUGCUGAUGGAACUGCAUGUACCGAUGGUGGUGGUACGAUUGUUUUGGAAAGUCAUGGAGAGGUGUAUGGACCUGGUGGACAGGGUGUGUUUGACGACCCGACCUACGGUACUGUGCUUUACUACGCCUAUACGAAUACCAGCAUUGGUUAUGCCGAUGACGAAAAGCAAUUUGGCUGGAACGUUAUUGACUGGUCUACCGGGUGGCCUGUGGUUUAG